UAGCAUUAAUAUUUAAGGCAAAUAGCACUUUUUUCUAGUCUAUUAUUGGAAACUGGCUUUAUUUGAACAAGCCAUGAUUAUUUAUACCAGGACACUUGUCGCGAUCCAUAGGGACUAUAUAUAAUGGGUUGGAAUCGCCUGUUAAGUAUUCAGUUCGGGGCUCAGCACCAUCCAGUGGAAAGCCAUCUAGCUAAAGAAUCGGGCCAGGACCAAAAUGAAGAUUACCAUUGGCUUUCUGAUUGCGAGCGUCCUGCUUAUCGGCUGUUCGUCUACGCCUUGUGAAGAAUUAACACCGCCUUGUGGAGCACCACCGGCUUGUAAUGCACCUACAACCCACAAGCCCGUCACCACUAAAAAACCAGGCACCACAGCAAGAACCACCGAGAAAGCUACCACAAAGAAAGUAACCACUAAGAAAGCUACUACCAAGAAAGCUACCACCAAGAAAGCUACCACGACUAAGGCAACCACCGCACCACCUUGCACCACUGAAAAAACGACAACCAAAGCGACAACUAAAGCGACAACUACAGCCACCACGACUAAGGCCACCACCGCACCACCUUGCACCACUGAAAAAUCGACCACUAAAGCGACAACUAAAGCAACAACUAAAGCCACCACGAAAAACCCCACCACAGCACCACCUUGCACCACUGAAAAAACGACAACUAAAGCGACAACUAAAGCAACAACUAAAGCAACAACUAAAGCAACAACUAAAGCAACAACUAAAGCAACAACUAAAGCAACAACUAAAGCCACCACAGUACCCACAACUAAAUCCACCACUACGGCACAACCUUGCACCACGAAACCCUCGAAACCAUGCGGUUGCAAAUCAUGUGGACCCGGUGGUAAAACUUGCCCAGGAUGUCCCUCCCACGACAAUUUGUGCCAGGAAUUGUUAAAUGACAUUAAGAAUCUGGAUCGCAAGGUCAGGCAAUGCGUCUGCGGAGAGCCCCAGUGGAUGUUGUAA